AACCCUUAAUAAAACCGUGGGAGUAUAGCUCCCACAUACAUAAUCAAUGUUUUUACCAAACUAUGACUGUAAUAAUCCCACAUUAUGUCAUACAUUAUCAAUUAUGGAAUGUUUCCGAACGAAUUUAAAAAAUAAACCGGUGACAGCAGUCAAUGUCAAGUUGACAGUUGAAGAUUGUUUUCGGCAACGGUGUUUUUCUUGCGAGUGUGGCGUACGUUGCAAUAAAAUAUUUAAUUCUGCGUCGUCAACAAAAGACUGUAAUAUGUCUAGGAAUUUGUUAGAUGACCAAAUCGCAAAGGCACUGCAAGCGUUGGAGUCUUCAGAAGAUGAAGAUGAAAUUGAAAAUUUCACUUUCAAUAACAACAGUCUGAACUUGGAUGUUGAUUCUGCCUUAGAUAGAAUUCAAGGUAUCACAUAUGAAGAGCUUUUAGAGACCUUGGAGUCCUCUAUUGAAGGUGAACAACCAGAAUUUGAAGAAGUUUCGCCAGCUCUUCCACCACCUCAAUCACAUCCAACUGAUGAUGUGCCUAAUUUUGAUGAAAUGCCUCAAACAGAGGCAUCUUCUAUACCACAGGAAAAUGUGGAGAAUGAUGAAGAAUAUUACAGACAGUUAUUACAUAUUUACAAUAGAUUACAAAAUAAAGAACAUCAAUGGACAACAAAUGUUUCCACUUUCACAGAACAAAUAUUUGAAAAGAAUCUCAAAUCUCUUAUUGUUACUAGCCGAGCUACACCCAUUAAUUAUUUUUAUAAGUUAUUUCCAGAUGAGCUGGUAGAAAAUAAAUGAGCAGAAUUUGUAAAUAGGUAUUUUAUUAUUUAGAUUACCUGGAUUAUACUAGACUAUUUAUAAAAAUAAGAGAGAUUUCUUCUACUUUGGAAAUUUGGUUUAUGUGAAUUAGUGUUCUAAUCAGGCAAUGGUAGAAUAGCUCCCACAUAAAUUUUAAUAAAAAAUAAAACAAAAAAAUACAAAAAAAAUAUUAAUAUAUUUCUAAAAACAUAUUACAAUCAGUAUACAACACUGUUCCAACCCCUCUUUCAAGCCAA